AUGGCAUUGCUUCCGAGCUUUUUCGUGAUGCAAGCGACUUCCGGAGGCCCAUACCUGAGCGUACCUGAAGAUCUCCCGGCAAGUGUUCCAUCGGGUUUUCUAAAAUUCCAUGAAAAACAAAUCUGGAGUCCUCGUGCCAAGUUUGAAGCCGAGCAAGCCAAGACCGGGGAUGGCACACUAGUCAACAUAAGAUGUUGCUACAACAACAAGUACUUAACGGUUCAUAAAACCGACGAUGACGGCUACUGGGUCAUCGCGUCCGCAAACGAGCCACAGGAAGACCAAACAGACCCCUCAUGCACCUUGUUCCAACCUCAAACAGGAGAACAAGGUCGUGUGUGUUUAUUUAGUGUUGGGAUGUCCAAGUAUGCGACCGCCUCGACAGGCGGCGCAGAUGAUACGGACUGGGCCGACGGGCUCAAAAUUUCGGAUUCAGAGAAACUUGAUUUCAACAUCAUUGAUUGGGAAACACUAGUUGUGCUUCCAUCUCAAGUUUCGUUCAAAUACGAGGGCAAGUACCUUUGCUCUCGGGUGAUCGAAACGACACCGUAUCUUAGGUUCGAAUCUGGACUGGAAGCCGAAGAUCCGCUGGUGGUCCACCAGCUCUUCCCCACUUCUGACGGAAAUUAUCGCAUAAAGGACCUCAACUCCGGAAAACGGAGUCUUUGCUGUCCGCAGUUUGGGCAGCAAAAACUUCUGCGGUAUGGAAAGAUAUUUUCAUGCAAUAUAUUUGGGAGAAGGGCAGUGGUAUCAGCUGAUCCCAUUUUCAAUAGAUUUGUGAUGAACAAUGAAGGAAAGCUGUUCAAAUCAAUAUAUCCAAAGUUGUUCCAGGAUUUGGUUGGGGCGAACGGUGUUAUUGCCGCACAAGGAGAUCAACACCGGAAGCUUCACACAAUCGCAUCAAAUAUGAUGCGUUCUGACACACUUAAGUCUCAUUUCUUGAUCGAUAUCCAACUCGUUGUGAGACAAACUUUCAUUAAGUUACCUCAAAAUGAGACCGUUUUGCUUCAAGGUGUCUGCAGAAAGCAGGCUAUAAACCUGAUGGUGAAUCAAUUGCUAGGGGUAUCAAGCGAGACAUUAGUCAGUGAAAUGGCACAAUUGUUCUCAGAUUUUGUAGACGGUUGUCUAUCUAUUCCUGUGAGUUUGCCUAGAUUUGCUUAUCACACCGCCAUGAACGUAAAAAAAAAUAUAAUUAAAAAGAUCAAUAAGAUUAUAUUUGAUUCCAGAAAGGGUGAUGAUACUAAUAAUGGUGAUGGUGGGUUGGUCGGGAGACUUGCGAGGGAGGGAUGCCUCCCCGAUGAUGCAAUUUCCGACUUCAUCAUCAACCUCAUAUUUGCUGGAAACGAGACAACAGCUAAAACCAUGCUUUUCGCCAUAUAUUUCUUGACUAGUUCUUCAGAUGCCUGUGAUAAAAUAUUGGAGGAGCACCAAAACAUAAGGAACAGCAGGCUCGAAUUAGGUGGUGAAAUUGACAUGUUAACUUGGGAAGAUUACAAAUCGAUGUCAUUUACUCAACAUGUAAUAGAUGAAACUCUUCGAUUAGGUGGUAUUGCGAUUUGGCUAAUGAGGGAAGCAAAAGAAAAUGUAGAAUAUCAGGAUUACGUCAUCCCAAAAGGUAGCUUUGUGGUUCCAUUUAUCUCAGCAGUUCAUCAAGACCCGAAUAUCUAUGAAGGAGCAACUACCUUCAAUCCUUUUAGAUGGAUGGAUCCUGGAAACCAUGACAAGAGAAGUUGGAGAACUAGUCCAUUUUACUCUCCUUUUGGAGGAGGAGCUCGCCUGUGUCCUGUCGCAGAGUUGGCUCACGUGCAAAUUGCGCUUUUUUUGCAUUACUUUGUGACUUUUUACAUGUGGAGGCAAGUUAAGGAGGAUAACAUGUCUUUCUUCCCAUUGGCUAGAUUGGUUAAUGGAUUCCCAAUUCAUCUUACCAAAAUAAUAUAA